UCUACUGAACACUGAGUGAAGUGAAGAGGAAAGGAUGAUGCUGUUCCGCAGAACUUCUCACACCCACAUCAUCAUCACCAUCUCUGUCAGACUUCUCAGACUGAACUUGUUCACAUGUUGGGAGAUGACAGCACCUCGGAGUAGCAGCGCGUUGUCCCUCAGCAGCACUACUGAACUACUGAAAUGACCAGAAGUGAACCCUGCUGAAGGGAACUUUCGCUUUUGGGAGCGGAUUUUAACGCGAGGGUACAGAUCAGAGCACCUGUCCGGGCUGGGAUGAGAUGCCAUGAGAGAUUUGUCAUUCUCACAGGGCUGCUGUGUGGUGGGCUGCUAGUCUUCAGCUCCUGGAAUGCCGCAAAAGACGAUAACACACCUGACCAAUUCCACAAGGUUUAUUGGAGGCUAAUAAAAGCCGAGCAACGUGGAGAGGAAUUAUCAUCCAAACUGGUUCAAAUGUUGGAGAAACUAAAGAACCUAAACAACACUCGUGCUAAUCAGACUAUCUCCAACUCCUCAAGGAACUCCUUGGUUAACUCCCUGAGUAACUCCUCGGCUAGAGAGUUUUUGUCUCCACUGCCCUAUGCUCUCCUGUAUCUGCCCCACCUCAGAGAGAACUACGAUAGCCUGCAGCCGAGAGUUCACCUGGGACAGCAGCGCAGCGGAGUGUCCCUAGUGUUAGGGAUCCCCACAGUGCGCAGACAGAAACAGAGUUAUCUUGUGAACACGGUGAGCUCUCUCCUUUACGACCUCACACCUGAACAGAAGAAGGACAUCGUCAUCGUCGUCUUUGUCGCAGAGACAGAUAGUGCAUUUGUGAAGAGUGUAGCAAAAAGCAUUCAAGAGAAUUUUCCAGACGAUGUAAAGUCCGGACUGGUCGAAGUAAUCUCCCCUUCACCCUACUACUAUCCAAACCUGUCUAACCUGAAGGAAACGUUUGGCGACUCAAAAGAGAGAGUAAAGUGGAGGACUAAACAAAACCUGGACUACAGCUACCUCAUGCUGUAUGCUCAAGACAAGGGUGCAUACUAUAUUCAGCUGGAAGAUGACAUUGUGGCAAAGUCAGGAUACAGCGAGUCUAUAAAGGAGUAUAUCAGUAAUGUGGACAAUGAGCAAUGGCUUUUCCUGGAGUUCUCACAACUGGGCUUCAUAGGGAAGCUUUUCCGAGCUUCAGACCUGCCCAGUAUUGUGGAGUUUUUUCUGAUGUUUCACAAGGAUAAACCCAUCGACUGGCUGCUGGAUCACAUCCUCUGGGUCAAAGUGUGUAACCCAGAGAAGGACAGUAAACACUGCAACAAUGAGAAGGCAAAGCUGAAGCGCACCUUCAAGCCCUCCCUGUUUCAGCAUGUGGGUUUGCACUCAUCCCUGCCUGGCAAAAUUCAGAAUCUGAAAGAUAAAGAUUUUGGGAAGCAGGUCCUGUAUAAAGCCCACCAGAACCCCCCUGCUUUGCUGAACAGCAGCUUGAAGCACUAUCAGAGCCAUUCUCUGGAGAGGGCUUAUCGAGGUGAAGACUUCCUGUGGGCUUUCACACCCAGCAAAGGAGAUUACAUCCUUAUCAGCUUCAACACUCCUCAAAACGUUAAAAGGUACCGCUUCAGAAGUGGAAAUAUUGAGGCGAAUGGAGAUAAGUUUUACAACACCACCGUCCAGGUGCUGCCUAGUGACGUCUCUGUGAGGGAGCGUGUGGAACAAGGACUGCUCCCAUGUUGCCAACCUUCCUCUGAUGGCUUCGUUGUAAUAGGCUCUUUUGUAAAUGGAAUAGCAGAGGGACCAAUCGACGAAGCGCUACGUGACAUAGACGCCAUGCGUCUCUUUGUUCAUUCCAGUUCAGACGCCUGGGUCAUCCUGAGUGAAAUCUUUAUUCAAGUUUAAUGAACUGUGAAGAGAGGGAAAAGCCGAGAUCACAGUAGCUCGUCUAUCUCUGAGCAACAGCGCCCCGAUGGUCAAAAAGAACUUUUCAUCCUUCACUUUUCUGAUGUUUGGAUUGUUACUGUGUGCUUUGUGUUAGAACCUACACAACAGAUCAACAUCACCUGAGGAAGACUGAGGAAGACUCCAUCAAUGUCUCAACUUUUGUGACUCGUGAUGUGAACACGAGUCUUUUCAUUUGUCACACUGACAUUCAACCUACAUUUGCACAAGCAGAAGAUAAUAUUUACAUAUAUAUUCUAUUUUUUGGUACAUAAAAAGAUCUUGCUUAUUGUGGAGAUGUUUUACAUGGAUAUUGAUCAGAAUAAUACUCCAAGCCCAAGUCAUUACAUUACAGUUCUUACUGUAUUCACUGACACUGAAUACAUCAACCAGUCAAAA